AUGCCAAUAGUAACGAAACCGAUGAUCAGUGAUCAAGAAUUGAUCAUCAGAGGAUUGCAGAUCGGAUCGUUUGUGUUCAUUGCGUGUAAUUUCAUCGCAAGUAUAUUCGGUGCAUUAGCCGUGGACCGAUUUGGACGACGACCGUUACUGCUAUCAUUCGCUUUGUGCAAUACACUAUCGUUGUGUGCGUAUUGUGUUUUCGAUCGAAUCGCGUUCUAUGUUGACGAGCAAUUCAAGUACGGAUGUAUUGCGUCGUUGAUCGCUUAUGGCAUCACUUUCGGUGGAGGACUAGGACCGAUUGCAUUUUUCAUCACCACAGAGUUGGUACCACAACAGUUUCGAUCAGCUGUUCAGUCGAUGGUUUUCACAACGAAUACAGCCGUCAAUUUCGUUUUCAGCUUGGUCACAUUGCCAUUGUAUGACGCGAUCGAUAUUUGGAGUCUUAUUCCACUCUUUAUUGGGCCAUCGUUUGUCGCCUGGAUAUAUCUACUGUUCAAGUUACCCGAAACGAGAGGCCGUGAAAUUCACGAGAUUGUUCGUGAACUCGUUGGCACUAAGCAUGAAGCCGAUUUCGAUAGCAAUACCAAAUCAUCCUCACCGUCCAAUUCUAUCAAAGACCAGAGUGUCUCUUUUGGUAAUAAUACGGAGUCAAGUGACUGCACCAAACAAUCGCAAGUGAACACUUCAGUGGAUUCGACUUCUUAA